AAUCAUUGAAGACAGUAAGACAACAACAUGAAACUCUUGGGAUACAUUCAUCACUUAUUACUAAUCUCUAUGUGCAUGACGUACCUCAUAAUUAUGACAAACGGAUAUCCACUGCGUCCUAAUUAUUGUUCGGAUGACAAUUUCGUUAUUGAGGAACCAAACAUAUCGAUUGACCCUAAACCCAUAUUGCGAGUCAGUAAGAGAUUCAUGGAAGAUAGUACCUUAAACGAUUUAAUAAAACCUUCCGAAUCCAAUUUUAUUCUGAAGAAGAAAAACUCUGAAAUAAUCAGUGCUUUGAUGGGAUUACGCAGGGCCAUGUCAAACAACUAUGGCGAACAUCGUGUACACAAUUAAUAAUGAUAUUUUAUUUUUGUUGUCUAGUAAAUAUAUUGCAUAUGUUUGUUAACACUUAACACACAUAUAAAUUGUAGCGAAUAUUAUAAUAAUGAAUAAAA